UGAGAAAAACAACGAACUUUGCUCGAGCGUAGUCACAUCGUGGUCUCUCAUUGGUUAAAGAAAGAGGUCUUCAGUUUGCUACACCCCUCCUUCCUUUCCUCUCGUGGUGGAAGAAAGUCAUGGACACGACUGGGAAAGUGAUCAAAUGCAAGGCUGCUGUGGCCUGGGAGGCCGGUAAGCCUCUUUCCAUCGAGGAAGUAGAAGUUGCUCCACCUAAGGCCCAUGAAGUUCGAGUGAAGAUUCACGCUACAGGUGUGUGUCACACGGACGCCUACACGCUGAGUGGAAGUGACCCGGAGGGCUUGUUUCCUGUCAUCCUAGGUCACGAGGGGGCAGGCACCGUUGAGAGUGUUGGCGAAGGGGUCAGCAAAUUCAAACCAGGUGAUACUGUUAUCCCGCUGUAUGUACCCCAAUGUGGAGAAUGCAAGUUUUGCAAAAAUCCUAAAACCAACCUGUGUCAGAAAAUCAGGGUGACCCAAGGUCAGGGUCUGAUGCCUGAUAAGACCUCCAGGUUCACAUGUAAAGGAAAGCAGCUUUUCCACUUCAUGGGUACUAGCACCUUCUCCGAAUACACAGUGGUAGCUGAAAUCUCUCUGGCCAAAGUGAAUGACAAGGCCCCCCUGGACAAAGUGUGUCUGCUGGGCUGUGGCAUCUCCACUGGAUACGGAGCUGCCAUCAAUACCGCUAAGGUUGAGGCCGGCUCUACGUGUGCUGUGUUCGGUUUGGGAGCAGUUGGGCUUGCGGUCAUAAUGGGCUGCAAGUCAGUCGGCGCCACCAGGAUCAUCGGCAUUGACAUCAACCCAGACAAGUUUGAAACUGCCAAGAAGUUCGGGGCCACCGAGUUUGUGAACCCCAAGGACCACAGCAAGCCCAUUCAGGAGGUGCUGGUGGAGCUGACAGAUGGAGGAGUUGACUACUCCUUCGAAUGCAUUGGCAACGUCGGCAUUAUGAGAGCUGCUCUUGAGGCUUGUCAUAAAGGCUGGGGAACCAGUGUCAUCAUUGGUGUGGCAGGAGCAGGGCAAGAAAUCUCUACCCGUCCCUUUCAGCUCGUCACAGGGCGUACAUGGAAAGGCACAGCUUUUGGUGGUUGGAAGAGUGUGGAGAGUGUUCCUAAGCUAGUGAAUGACUACAUGAAUAAGAAGAUAAUGGUGGAUGAGUUUGUCACUCACACGUUGCCCUUUGCCCAGAUCAAUGAGUCCUUUGACCUGAUGCACGCCGGGAAGAGUGUCCGAGCCGUCCUGCAGCUUUGAGCCUCGAGUUGAACGCGAGUCCUAACUCCCUUGCCCUGCCGUAAAACAAACAUACUAAUCAUUAACACCAUUGUAUCAAUAGUUACUGGGCCGGCUGUUGUGUCACAGGUUUUUUUCUGAGAAUGGUUAUUUGUGUGAAGAGUUCCGGUUACACACUGAAUAAAUGUGAUUACCAAACACAA